CUUUAUCUCCAAUGUCUCACACGCAACCAUCCAGUGGGACACCUUUAUCUCCAAUGUCUCACACGCAACCAUCCAGUGGGACACCUUUAUCUCCAAUGUCUCACACGCAACCAUCGAGUGAGACACCUUUAUCUCCAAUGUCUCAACAGCCUAAUUUGACACAUGAGGAGACAAUGAUUGAAUCAGCUGCAUCUCCAAAGUCUCAACAAAAUGAGGAUUACACGCAAUCAUCGAGUGAGACGCCUUUAUCUCCAAUGUCUCAACAGCCUAAUUUGACAAAUGAGGACACAAUGAAUGAAUCAGAUGAUGAAACUCCUGCCCUUGAUACACAAGUAUUCUCUCCUAAUCUGACAAAAGAGAAAGAAACAGAAACGUCUACCGAUGAGAGGCCAUCCAAUCCUAAUCAAGAUGGAAAACCAGAUGAUGAGAUUGUGAGAGAGAAAUUAACAAGUGAGUCACCUGCUAGUCAGAGUCAAGUUUUGCAGAAAGAAACAGUAGAAAUGAAUGAGACACCUUCUUCUCCAAUAGCUCCAAAGAGUAUUGAAACUCCCGUUUAUACUCCAAGUCAGACUCAGCAGAUUGAGAGAGAGCCAUCGGAUGACACGCCUGCCCUUGAUACUCAAGUUUAUACUCCUAAUCUGACAAAAGAGGUAUAUGCUCAAUCACAGUUGGAGUUUACAAUUAGUUUUGGGUGAUUUACAUAAAUAGACCUUUCUAAUUUUUGGCAGAGGGAAACACAAACCUCUACUGAUGAAACGACACCCAAAACUAAUCAAGGAGAAGGAAAACCAGAUGAUGAGGUAAUAUUUACUCUAGAAAUUAUAAUUGAAUGUAUUCAUGAUGGCCUUUCCUGAUAUUUUUUGCAGAUUGU